AUGCAAAGCACAAGCACAGCUGCAGUCAGAGGCUUCAUCGAUCUCCUCGAUGCGCAAUCCGAAAUCAAGCCUUCUGGAUUUCAGAGCCGGGUCAAGGCGUCAGGCGCACGGGAUUACGGGGAAGAUGUUGCAGACCGCAACAUUGGCGAGAAUGGCGUAGACCUCGAGUCCGACAAAGUCCAGGCAUUUUACGCAACAAAUGGUGGCAGUCCGCGGGAUCGACACAACGGCGCGUUUGCGGCUCCAGCGAGGGCCCAGUUUGGAGACAAAGAACAAACGUUUAAGACUCCCCGACGCCACGAUUCUCUGGACAACGAGGCCCGCACAAAGUCUUUGACGUCAGCGAGCCUCGGCCAGGUACCAUUUCGAACUAAUAUGUUCAAUCCCGAGAGCUCCCUUAGCCGCGAGCCAAUAAUGGAGUCUGUUUCAGAGACGAUUCGCGGCCGUCGAAGGCAAUCACUAGGUGCCUACAUUCCUACGACGCCAUCGAAUGCGGCGACGGGUAGAGCGCUGAGUCUUCGAAAAUCGACAGCCGAUGCCUCUGGAUCCCCAAGCACUCGACAACACAAGCGGCGAUCUACCCUCGGCGGUGAAGCGCCGCUGAACGAAUUAGGCAUUUUCACAUCCCGAGGCGGGCCUAUCGAUUCGUCUUUGUCGCCAAAGACGACCCAGAAGCCAACGUUCUUGGUCAAGCACAACUACUCGUUACCGGUUCAGCAACGCCCAAAGACUUCUUCAGGUCUCGUCCAUACCGAAUCAUACCAGGCGGUGAGGCCGCCAUCCCGCGGAGGGUCAGUAGCCAAUCCCACACCCUCCUCCCCAACCCAGAAGUCACCAUCCAAACGGCACACCCUUUCCGCGAUAGGCGGUGCUGCAUCAUCUACCCGCUCUACCGAGUGGCCGCGGAAUGCGAAGCCCGACGGAGGGUCCGACACAAGAGGAUGGGUCGGCCGAGUUGAGGUUGAGAGCUUUGUUGAUUCUGCGGAUGUGUCCUCACCGGCGCCUUCACCUCAUGUGAUGAGAAGUGGCCACUCGUGGCGUGAAACGCAGGAUGAUUCUUAUCUACGGUCCAAGAGUAACGGGACACUGUUCGGCAAGGGCAAGCUGGACGAGAUUUACGAACACGUGCCGAUGCGGACGAGUAGUCUCCGGCACUGGUCUAUUUCGUCAGCGACGCCCACCAUGUCGAGUACCAGCUCCUUUCAACGACCUCAUUCUCGACACACGACAACGACAACCAUCGAUCUGGCUACCAUGUCGUCCUUCAUCAACGACAGUCGCAGCUCCUUGCACAGUGGCACGGGCGACCACGCGUCAUUCUGCACGGCGCUGGAGAGUGCGUUGCCUUCGCCGACUACUCCUGCAAAGCCCGGAGACCCAUUCAACAUUGACGACUACUUGUCGUCAGACGACGAUAUCGAUGCCGACUCGUUCAUCACCACGCGCAAACGUGAUUCAGCACACAGCGGCGGUUACGAGGAAGGCCUCCUCUUUUGUGAUGAAGGGUACGGCGAAGGCGGCCUGCAGUUGCCGGGCCUCUUUGACAGCCUGUCCAACAUUCCGGACCCCGACACCACGUCGCCAGAGCGGUAUGGUCACAAGUACUCGCUCAGUAACCCCGGAGGCCAUCUGCACCGGAGGUUCUCUCUGGACCCUAGGAUCGAAGCGCCAAUCUCUACUCUUGAUGAAGACGAUGAUGCCGAGGACGAGGAUGAGGACGAUGGUCUAUAUGACAUCCCCAUGCGAUCGGAUUUGGCUCUCGGGCGCCGGGGGACGAGGAGGAUCUCGGCGCUGGGGACUAUGUACCAGAGUAUUGAGGAGGAAAAGGACGAGAAUGUCGACGUUCGGGCUGCUGUUCGGCUUCGCAAGGAAGAUAAGGCGCGGCAGCGGGCGUUGGCAAGAUUCAGCAAGGUGCAGCGCAAGAAGGUGUCGCACUUUGAGGGGAAGCAGGGCGGUAGUGAGUGA